CUUCCACGCAUAUUAUGGACUGCAACCUGCUGAUUCCUGCUGGACUCUCUCACACAACCUGUAGGAGUUCACCGCUGAAACCAGCGCAACCGUCCGGAAAACGGCUUUUACGCAGCUGCCGUGGAGAGCCGCGCGUCGUGGAGAGGGACUCCAGCCUCCAGAGGAGAAUGGCUGCUGUCAGAAAAGUAGUGGUUUUGUCGGUAUUUGACACAGCGAGCGGGGUCUUGUGACGGACUUACACCGGAGCGCUUUAGAAUAAAGUUUCACAUGGUGCACUUCAUCUCGACGCAGCAGCGCGCACCAGACAUGAACGCUGGACCGAUGCUUUUACACGCGUUCCGCUUCAGGGACUCCUCCAAAUGGCUUGAUACGCGACUCUUUCUCCGCUUUUGAUAAGUGGCUGGGAUAGAUAAGACAGAAUCAUCCACGGGGCGGACUUUGGUGACCAUUACGCGCGAUUUUUACCGGAUUGGGCGACUAAAAAAACUCAGUUUGGGACUUUAUAGGAGCACAACACCAUGACCAUCUGCCUGCUCGCCCUAGUCGGAUUGUGGUGGAGCGCGUACUACUGCACGUUGACGGUGGCGGGGAGCAACUAUUCACUGGAUGGGACCGGCGAGGCGCAGCCGGGCUUCGCGCACCGGCGGCUGCGGACGCACGAGAAGAGGGAGAUGCAGAAGGAGAUCCUGUCCAUCCUGGGGCUGCCGCACAGACCGCGGCCGCACCUGAAAGUGCACGGGAAGUACAACUCCGCUCCGCUGUUCAUGCUGGACUUAUACAACACCAUCUCCAGCGAGGAGAAAAGCCAGGUGGACAGAUAUCACCCCUCCAUGCGGACGACCCAGAGCCCUGCGCUGGCCACGUAUCAAGAAACUGCCUUUCUCAAUGACGCAGAUAUGGUGAUGAGCUUCGUUAAUUUAGUGGAGUAUGACAGGGAGUUCUCCCCGCAGCGGCGUCACCACAAGGAGUUUAAGUUCAACCUCUCGCAGAUCCCGGAGGGCGAGGCCGUCACUGCAGCCGAGUUUCGCCUCUACAAGGAGUGUGUGAGCCGAGCCUUCCGCAACGAAACCUUCCUGCUCAAAGUCUACCAGGUGGUCAAGGAGCAUCCGGACAGAGAGGCCGAUCUGUUCCUGCUGGAGUCUCGCAGGCUGUGGGCCACGGAGGAGGGCUGGCUGGAGUUUGACAUCACCGCUACCAGCAACCUGUGGGUCAUGAGUCCGAUGCACAACCUGGGCGUGCAGGUCAGCGUGGAGACCAGCAGCGGGCGCAGCAUCAGCUGCAAGGAGGCGGGGCUGGUUGGACGUGACGGUGCCCUGGAGAAGCAGCCGUUCAUGGUGGCGUUCUUCAAAGUCAGCGAAGUGCACAUCCGCUCCCCGCGCUCCGCCGGGGGAAAACGCCGGCAGCAGAACCGCAAUCGAUCCUCACAGCCCCAGGAGGGAUCCAGAGGGCCGGGCCCGGCAGAGUACAACAGCAGCGAUCAGAAGACGGCGUGCAGGAGACACGAGCUGUACGUCAGCUUCCGGGAGCUGGGCUGGCAGGACUGGAUCAUCGCCCCCGAGGGCUACGCAGCCAACUACUGUGACGGAGAGUGUUCGUUUCCCCUCAACGCCCACAUGAACGCCACCAACCACGCCAUCGUGCAGACGCUGGUGCACCUGAUGAAUCCGGAGAACGUGCCGAAGCCGUGCUGCGCCCCCACCAAGCUGCACGCCAUCUCGGUGCUCUACUUCGACGACAACUCCAACGUCAUAUUGAAGAAGUACAAGAACAUGGUGGUGCGCGCCUGUGGCUGUCACUGACGCCGCUGAGGAUGGGUUGAGCUUCAGUGAAACCUGGGGGAGGUUGACCUCGAGAGGACAGCGGUUUUCCUUCGGCCUUACGAGGAACGUCUAGCCCUGAAAGAUCUAACCAAUAAGUUCUAAUCCGAUAAUCACGGACAGCUCAGUAAAAAUCCACCAUCAUCUUCAACGAGACAUCCACUGAAGAACGGGACGAACGCAGGAGUGAUGUACGAGUGCAUCGACGGGAAAUGACACUGUUCCGGUCUGAUAGCUGUGGAUUAGAGCCGGCUUUUCACGGAUCUGCAACUGAGUCCAGGACUGUGUGCGUGUGUCUGAGGACGGAGGAGCGAUCAAGUCUGUAUAUUGCGUUUAUUGAAGUGUGUAUGAAUGCCUCACAGGCUGCUGCAGCAGCUCCCUCUUUGAAAGGGGCGACGGCUGAACCCGAACUGUUGUGGGACCGGUCCGAGCGCCGCUUUCCAUCCCGUCUUUCCUCUCCGACGACAAAGAACUCACGUUGGAGUCGUUCCGGGAGGUUAUCGAUGAACAGUUUCUCUGCGAUAAACGAUCGUGUGAGGUUGACUCGGUCACCUCCUCAGAUAACACAAAGUUUAUGAUGAUUAUUAAAGUCACAUGGAAAUAUACAAGUCCUUUUUUAAGUGCAAAUGUUAACUCAAACAAUCUAAUACUAACUGAAUGAUACAUUUGAGUCAGUACAUUCAUAUUUGUCUCCUCUUUCCUACUGUAUUUUCUCCUUAAGCCAUAUUUGCUUUCCCAAAAUAUAAUAUGGACUGAACCGAUGUGACCACAGGCUAUUUUAGCAGUCGGCUGCUCCAAAUAAUCCCUUCUGUGUCAAUAUUUGCCGGGCUCGGGCCGAGCUCUGAUUCACCGGGCUGGUUCAACAUGAUGCAUGUUGUGGCUUAACUCGUGUUUUCCUCCAAAGAAGUGAAGAAUACAGCUCUAUCCCUCCGACACGCCGCAAAUGGCCAUUUCCAUGUUCCUGCAGUCGCAAAGCUAACAAACCCUUCCACCCCUGACAACACGUCCAGAGAUUGUGGAAAGAAAAAAAAAAUAAAAAAAAAAUAUAUAUAUAAAAAGCCAGCAGGACUUUUUUUAGGGGUCACCUUUCUGAAAAUUUGCCCUUAAAUUUUCAAAUAAGUGGAUGAAAUUAUGCUGAGAUAUGCGUUACUGUGAGCUUUUUAUGGCGUAUAAACUUUUAGAGGGCAUAUUUGUAUGAAAACACUAACAUCCAGAACAGUAAAAAAAAAAAAAAAAAAAAAAAAAAAA